AAUCAUGGGACUAGACGGAAGGUCGAAAAAACAGGAAGGCCAUGUUGGAUUUUCAGUAAACUGUUUGUGUGACCCAGGCGUCAGAAAUGCAUCCCCAACGCAGUGCUCGGGAAGUCGUGCUGUGUGACCUCUGUGAAACUGUCCCCCUACGGGGUCAUUGUGAAGUUUGUAAUAUAAAUAUAUGAAAGGCCUGUGUUGGGAAAUACCUCUCCGCUUCCUCUAAAAAACAAUAGUAUGUCCUAUUUGCCGAGAAAGUCUACUCCCAGCUACUCGGAAUGUUCGAAACACGCCAAUGAACAUUGUAAACAUCACUGUGAUAAAUGUGACAUUCCUGUCUGUAUUACCUGCGUCGCCUCCGGUAAACACAAAGGUCACAAGUUAUCAGAAAUUCUGGAGAAACACAUCUACGAAAUCCAAAGUUUACAAAAGGAUUUAGAUGAACUCGAGACAAGAAUUUAUCCGCGAUAUGAAGAAUUGGCGUCCGAUAUUCAAACUGAAAAAGGUGAAAUAGAAACAAAUUACGGGAAAUUGACAACAGCUGCCGAAGAGGAAGGUGAAAUCGUACACCGGGAGAUCACCGCCAUUGUCAACCAGCGAAAAUCUGACAUUCAGGAGAUGAAAAACAAAUACCUAUGUACCCUGAAUAAAAAUGCGGAAGAAAUAACACAGAAAAUGGCGGAGCUCAAUCAGAUCAUGUCCGACUUGAAAUCAAUCCUAAAAUCAAACGACGUCUCCUUGACAUCUUCUUACAAAUCUAGGAAUUCCGAAUUUAGAACAUUACCGUCUAAAGUUCGGGUUACAUUGCCAAUUUUCACUCCUCGGAAAAUUAACACAGACCAGCUCUGGCAAAUGUUUGGUUCUCUGUCGCCAUUAGCCAUUAACACUGAACAUGGCGACACAAUGAAGUCAGCAGAAACUGUAUCGUCUCCUCCAGUCAAACCACUGCUUGAUGAGCCGCGCGUCACCGCCGCCAUAGACACUGGGUAUGAACAUCUAUACAGUGUUAGCUGCAUGCGUGAAGAUCAAAUCUGGACAUGCGGGAAUAACGAUAUCACGAAGCUCCUCAACCUCCAGAGUAAACUACUGACAUCAAUACAAACAAAGUCAGGGAGACAGCCAGAGGACAUAACCCUACAGGGGUGGAGACCUCGCUAUGUCUGCUGUACCGCGUGUAACGAUCUCCUGGUUACCAUGAACAGUGAUAAUUACAAACAAUCCAAAGUUGUCCGUUACUCUGGUUCCACAGAGAUACAAAACAUUCAGUUUGAUGAUCAGCGGCGUGCUCUCUAUUCAUCUGGUCCUUGCAGUAAGCACAUCAGUGAGAACAGGAACCUGGAUAUAUGUGUGGCUGACAAUGAAGCUAGUGCAGUAGUGGUGGUCAAUCAGUCAGGGAAACUUCGAUUUCGAUACACUGGUCACCCCCCUAAUACCAAGCAACAGUUUAAUCCACGCGGCAUCACUACAGACAGCCAGAGUCACAUCCUAACAGCAGACAAUAACUGUAUCCAUAUCCUAGAUCAGGACGGACAGUUCCUCUGUUACAUUCACUGCGAUUUACGCGAACCAUGGGAUUUAUGUGUGGACAUCAGAGACAACCUCUUUGUGGCUGAGUGGUCCACUGGUAAAGUGAAGAAAAUUCAAUAUCUAUAAGUACAGUGUUAAUUACACAUCUCUACACAGUAUUAAUUACAUCUAUCAAAACGGUGUUAAUUACACAUCUCUUCAGUGCUAUUUACAUCAGUGUGUUAAUCACAACUGCUUGUUAACAACGGUUCCUUGUUAAUUACAUAUCCUUGUUAAUUGCAGUAUUGUGUACAUUACAGCCAUGUGUUGAUUACAGUUCAUUGUUAAUUACAACUUUGUGUUUGUGAUGUGUAAUGUACUUAUGUUUGUGAGUUUAACUGAUAGAGAAUUAGUCUCUCACUGCUGUUUACUAAUUAUAUCUUACAAUAUCUGUAUCAUCGUGUUUAGAGCAAAAAUAUUAAUUUUCAUAUACUAAUUACUAAUUUGACUGUGUUACUAGUAAUCUAUCUGUACACAAUCUUUUUUGGACUAAUUUUACUGUGUUACUAGUUAUCUAUCUGUAUACAAUCUUUUGUGGACUAAUUUGACUGUGUUACUAGUUAUCUAUCUGUAUACAAUCUUUUGUGGACUAAUUUGACUGUGUUGCUAGUUGUCUAUCUAUAUAUAAUAUACAACCUUUUGUGGACUACUUUUACUCUUACUAGUUAUAUAUUUAUAUACAACCUUUUGUGGACCUAUUUGACUGUGUUACUAAUUAUAUAUAUAUAGACAAUCUUUUUGGACUAGUUUGACUGUGUUACUAGUUAUCUAUAUUCAAUCUGUUGUGGACUAAUUUGACUGUGUUACUACUUAUAUAUAUAUAUAAUAUUUUGUGGACUAAUUUGACUGUGUUACUAGUUGUCUUUAUGCAAUCUUUUGUGGACUAAUUUGACUGUGUUACUAUUCUUAUUUUGUUUGUUUAUUUUGUGUUUCAAUAUGCAUGCAAUUUUUCAAUAUGUGUA